CCAAAAAAGAAAGAGAAGAUACGAAUCAGAAAACGGCGACGUUUGGAAGUUCGGCGCAAAUAGAAAAGGCUAAUCGGCGUCGGUGGGGAAAUGAUUAACCGCUGGCCAUUAACACAACGAGCCUUUCUUAUAACACACAGUCCUCGAGACAGAGAUAGAUAGAAAGUGGUCCACUUCUCUCUCUCUCUCUCUCUACAUCAAAGAAGACAAACCAGAGCAAAAAGAGCCGUUGAAGCCUAGAUAGAAUCUACUAACCCAAGAAGAGAGUAUCCCUUCUCUUUCAAUCUCAACACAAUAGAAGAGAAAAAGACGCAGCUUUUGGAGUCAUGGCUGGUUUAAACGACGACGUCUCAGUCGACAUUGAAGAGAUCUACAAUGGCGGCAAGGAACAUCAUGUCAAAACUUGCCAUGGCUUAGUUUCAGUUGUUGUCUAUGGAGACCAAGAGAAGCCAGCAUUGAUCACUUAUCCAGAUGUAGCAUUAAAUUACUUGUCUUGCUUCCAAGGACUGUUUCUCUGCCCUGAAGCAGUGUCCUUACUCCUCCAUAACUUCUGCAUCUACCAUAUUAGCCCCCCAGGACAUGAGUUCGGAGCUGCUCCAGUUUGUUCCAAUGAUCCUUCGCCUUCUGUUGAAGACCUAGCCAACCAGAUUCUUGAAGUGUUGAACUUCUUUAGCCUGGAGUCAGUGAUGUGCAUGGGGAUCACAGCUGGUGCCUACAUCCUUUCCUUAUUUGCUAUAAAACAUAAAGAUCGAGUUUUGGGUCUGAUUCUGAUAUCGCCUCUAUGCAAAGCACCCUCAUGGUCUGAAUGGUUUUAUUACAAGGUAGUGUCAAACUUGUUGUACUAUUACGGCAUGUCUGGAUUGUUAAAAGAUCGUUUCCUUCAGAGGUACUUCAGUAAGGAAGCUCGUGGUAGCUCUGAUGUUCCAGAGCGUGAUGUAGUACAUGAAUGCAGAAGGCUGCUUGGCGAAAGACACGGUAUUAGCCUGAGGAGGUUUCUGGAAGCAAUCAACAGGAGACAUGACAUAACAGAUGGGUUGAGGAGUUUGAAAUGUCGUACACUCAUAUUUGUUGGAGACCAAUCUCCUUUCCACUCUGAGACUCUUCACAUGGUGGCUGCAUUAGACAGAAAAUACAGCGCCUUGGUUGAGGUGCAAGCUUGUGGAUCAAUGGUGACAGAAGAGCAACCACAUGCGAUGUUGAUACCAAUGGAGUUUUUUCUCAUGGGGUUUGGGUUGCAUCGGCCUGGUCGGGUUAGUGAUAGCCCUACGAGUCCACUCAGUCCGUCGUGUAUUUCUCCGGAGCUUCUGUCUCCGGAGAGCCUUGGUUUGAAGCUGAAGCCAAUAAAGACUCGGGUUCCCACCACCAAAUGUUAAAACGAACAUUGAUUCUUUUUUUCCCUCUCAUAUUCUUUGAUUAAAUUGUAUUUGUUGUUGUACUCUCUUAUAUGUAGUCCGAUUAAACUCAAAAAACACUUUUAUGUAGUAAGAGAUGGUAGUUUUAUGGGUU